AUGGCGCACGAGCACGAUCACCACACAGCGAAGGACUCCAAGAAGGACGUGGAGAUUCCGGAUCUCUUCGGCAUCGACGCUCUUGACAUUCACGGCGGGGAGCCGUGCCUGGUGCAGGGCGCCAAGAUGGCGGCUACGUCAUUCAUCGCCGGUUCGUUCUUCGGCGGCGUGCUGGUCUACUGGAAGGACGUGGGUGUGGUGCAGAAGCGGGGUAGAUUCGCCGCCCUUCAGGGCACCCUCAAGAGCAUUGGCAGCUACGGCGCAUUCUUCGCCCUCGUUGGCGCCACCUAUGGCACCGCCUUCUGCGCCCUCCAGCACUCCCGCACCAAGAACGACCCCUUCAACACCGUCCUCGCCUCUUGCGCCGCUGGUGGCGUCAUCGGCGCUCGCGUGAACGGUACCGUGUUUGGCUCCGUGCUGGGCUGUGCCGUGACUGGCGGUCUGGCGGCGAUGGGCGAGUUCUUCGACUGGACCCUCUCUCCCAACUCCGCGAAGCUCUUCGCCCUCCGGGAGCAAAAGCACCAGCGUCUUCUCCGCACUUCCCCCGGUGUCGGUUCCGACGCUGCCUCCAGCGACAGUGAUGCCCAGUAA